CCUCGGUAACUCCGCUCCCGUCGUUCUCGGCCGCGCUCCGCUGGCGGCACCGCACACGGGCCCGGGCGGCCUCUGCGGCAGGCAGGGCCGGCUGCCCUCCGCUCCCUCCCCCGGCCGGGCCGGCGGCAGCUCCGCGCCGCCCCCGCCGUGUCACUCAGCCCCGUCCCGGCCCACAUCCUCCGGGCAGAGCGGAGGCGGCACCGUGUCCGCACAGACACCUCGUUUCCCCGGCCGCUCCGCCCUGUGCCGGCGGGAGAGACCGGCCCGCGCUUCCGCAGCCCCGGCCGUGAGGCCCCGCUCCCGAUCCUCGGCCGCCAUCAGCUCCGCCGGGUGCCGGAGCUGACGAGGCCGCCGGGACGAUGACUUUCCAGUGGACGGCAGUGGCUGCUUUUCUGUACGGCGAAAUCGGAGUAAUUCUCGUGCUCUGCCUGCCGUUCAUUUCUCCGCUGAGAUGGCAGAAGAUUUUUAUGUUUCCUCUGUGGAGCAAAGUGGCAGUAUUUUGGAACAAGAUGUUCCUUACGAUAAUAGUUCUGUUGAUCGUCUUGUUUCUUGAUGCUGUUAGAGAAGUCAGGAAAUACUCAUCUGUUCAUGUGAAUGAAAAGGCAGCAAAUGUCAACAGCAGUGCCUUUGAUCAUAUUCAGAUGAAACUCUUUCGGUCACAAAGAAACCUGUAUCUCUCAGGUUUUUCCUUAUUUCUUUGGCUUGUAUUGAGACGUACUGUUACUCUUCUUACUCAGUUGGCAAAAGAGAUGACAUCUCAUGCAGCUCUGGAAACACAAGUAAAUGAUGCUACUGAAGCAGCCAAAAAAUACAUGGCCGAGAACGAAAGGCUGCAGGAGGCCUUAAGUGGAAAAGGAAAUGGUAAAAAGAAAGAGUCAACAGAUGCAACUGAGGAAAAGUUGAAGGAGGAAGUUGAACAUUUGAAAGCAGAGCUACAGAAGACAUCAAAUGCUUUCCAUAAGGCAAAAACAGAAGUGGCUGCAGUUAAAAAGCAGUCUGAAGGCCUUAGAAGAGAAUAUGAUCAUCUGAUGAAAGAAUUUGAACAGCUUCAGCAAAGUUUAAAUAAAGCAGAAGAUAAGAAAGACCUGUAAGUGCAUCUAAGAUGGAUGGCAUAUCUACAGUUGCUUGAAUGAGAAAAGUCUUGUGCUGUUGAUGUUCCUGAUGCAUACCUGAAACAAAACUUGAUUUUUCUGAAAAGCACAUGUAUUGCAAGUCACUGUUCGGAUUCCUCCGAUAUAUCGGUUGCCAAAAUGUUCUGUGUUGCAGAUAAAAUGUUAAGUGGCUUACCGGAUUUACCAUGGGGUUUGUCACUGCUCUUGUGAGGAGAAACUCAGAAAUCUUUCAACUCCACCUGGAGCAACCUGUUUUCCAAGCUUUUGCCUCUCCUAAUGGCAACAGAUCACCAUUGCUUGUAGCAUUUGAGUGAGGCUGUAUAUCACACUAGAUAAUAAAAACAAUUACUUAAAACCUCCUUUGCAGCACCUGUUUGGAGGGUUAAAAAUUCAGUUCCCAUUGGGUUGAAGAAAGCUGGAAACUUCUUAUCAGUGGAAAACUGAAUGUCAAUCAGUCUAAGGAAAAUAAAGAAAGAAACAUUGCAUUUCUAAAUCCACCUCACUAGCUUGUGACUUUCACUUUAGCCACAUGGAUUUGAGUGUGUAUUUUAACAAACAAUAUUUUGCAUGCCUCUGGUUUAUUUUUCUUUACUAUAUUGGGAUAUUUCAGUUUUGGGUUGGCUGGUAUUAGCAGUCUUUAUUUUUACACUGUUUACAUUGGUUUCCUCCUUAUGUACCACCUAACUUCUUUUGCCUCGCUAAGUAAAAAAUCUUUUUAAAUGUAGUCUGGUUUGUUUUGUUUUGUUUCAUGGAUACAAUACCUCAAAUAAAUGUGCACUGUUUUGCAUAAGACCUUUUUGGUAUUCAGAAAGUUGUUUUGAGUUUAUUUGUUAGUUGGUUCCAGUUUAUAUUUGAAAGUUUGAUAUGUUUGUUAUAUUAAAGGGAUUGUUUAAGUUCA